GUUAGGGACUGGACGUGCGCGCGCGCGUUGACCGGGAUCUGAGAUUUUUGGGUGGUGGCUGUUUGUUUAAGUGGAGCAGUAAAUGCGCAGGAAUGCGCUCGUUCACAUAACUUUACUCGCUCGACUUUAGCUGAAAUCCGUCGUGUUGUGUCGCGUUUAAUCGCUCUGUCGCUCGUGUUGUGUCGCUCGUGUGUUGAGUUGUGCGUUUAUUUCUUUAGUUGGAGAUCUGUGCGCUGAGAGUGAACACAGAUGCAGGCCAUAAAGUGUGUGGUGGUCGGUGACGGGGCUGUGGGAAAGACCUGUCUCCUGAUCAGUUACACCACUAAUGCUUUCCCUGGAGAAUACAUCCCUACUGUGUUUGACAAUUAUUCUGCCAAUGUGAUGGUCGAUGGGAAACCUGUGAAUCUGGGAUUAUGGGAUACAGCAGGACAGGAGGAUUACGACAGACUUCGACCACUUUCCUACCCUCAGACGGAUGUGUUUCUGAUCUGUUUCUCUCUUGUGAGUCCAGCAUCGUUUGAGAAUGUCCGUGCAAAGUGGUACCCAGAGGUCAGACACCAUUGUCCCAACACUCCCAUCAUUCUGGUUGGGACUAAACUGGAUCUGAGAGAUGACAAAGACACGAUUGAGAAGUUGAAAGAGAAGAAGCUCACUCCUAUCACUUAUCCUCAGGGCCUCGCCAUGGCCAAAGAAAUAGGAGCUGUGAAGUAUCUGGAGUGUUCAGCUUUAACACAGCGAGGCCUAAAGACUGUGUUUGAUGAAGCCAUCCGAGCAGUCCUGUGUCCACCUCCGGUCAAGAAGAGGAAGAGAAAGUGUUUGAUUCUCUGAAUUGACUGCAUGCAGACAAACACACACACACACACACACACAGCAGCUGAGAUCUGAGCUACACUUGAGAGAACAGCACAGGGGGAUGAUGGGAAAUAUGUGUUGAAGACAAAACUGAUAUUUCUCUCUCUUGCGUCGUGAUUAGACAAACGCUACUUAACCAGCUCUUAAGAUGUCCCGAUUCUUUUCUUCUGAGAAACAGCGAGUGCUUUCCCUGCUAGUUUCCCUCCAUACACUAAGAACCUCCCGCUGCCUUCUAAACACACACUUUCUUUUCCUCUUGUUUUUACGUGAUCCAACUAAAUAUUCUUUUAUUUCCUUUUUGAGCCCAGAUUUUGUUUACAUUUUACAUUUUUGUAGAAAGUGAAAUAUUGCCAAAAAUUAAACCCAAGUAAUGGAUUUUUAUGUGCUAACACUAUCAGAUUUAUAUAAUACCAAGGGAAGCUUCUCAAAGCCCAUCUUACGCUACAGAAUUGAUGUGGUAAAAUUAAAAAUGAAGUGGAGUUGAGAUGCACACGCUAACAGUCAGUAUCUAUCACACAUGACGCUACAGUAUGUGAAUGUUGAUUGUGUUGAAGCAGUGUUUCAGUAUUGUGUUUAGACUACACAUGUGUCAGUGCCUCACAGCUCAUCACAAUUCUGCAGGUUUGGUGAUAAGUGUGUCUGAGAUGUUUGUAGUCUGUAUUGAGUGCAGGAUUCCUCUCCUCUUGAACACUGUGAAGUGUAGAAGAUUCUUCUCCGCAGUAAAUGAAAAGAUUCCAGAGAUAUAUAUAAACAGUUUGUUGUUGGACAUCAAGAGUAUUUCAUUUCUAAUUGGUUUUCAAUACGAUUGAAGGGAAACAUUUGUAAUUUACCAGAUAGAUUGUUUGAUUUCUUUGUGUAACAAUAGCAGUUGAAAUGCUUUAUUCAUGCCUUUAUGGUCUCCACUAAAGAUACAAUGUAUUAACCUCAAUGUCUGAAAUAGAAACUGAAUCUAAAACCA